CCACACCUGUUUGUUCAAUGAGAAUGUUCCUUUCUCACUGUCUGUCUCACACUCUGUCAAAUACCUGUGAUGCAUGAACUGUGCGCACUCACAACAAAACCUGCAGCAAGGACCACCUCCAACAGGCAAAUGCCUCUCUCAAGCAACCAGGGAGAGAUGAGAACCUCCCUAAGGUUUCCAGUACAAGUCUGUUCAGCCUUUGCAGAGAAACCUCUGCUAGGCAACCAAUUCUUGCUGCUCCCUGGAGCAUGGGGAAGUUAACACAGAUUACACUAAAACAUGCAACCUCUCCCCUUGCUACCCCAUGUGUGUGUGUGUAUAUAUAUAUACACACACACACACACACACACACACACACAUCCUAAGCAGAUAAAGGUGAUUGGACAUAGCAAGAAACUGAUAGUCCUCCCAGGAAAUGUAUAAUGUGGCUUUGCAGACAGUGAGAACCCUUAAUGGUCUUUCUUCCACAAGUGGUUUUACUCUGCUGCUCGGGAAACUUUAUCCUGCUUUUCCUCUUCCCUCCCCUCUCCACCUUAAAGGGAAAAAAAAAUCAGUCAAGUGAGAAAGCCUGCCAGACUGCAAUAAACUGAACAGACUAAGGCAACCACUGAAGAAGCACCCAUCAAAUCAGAGCCAGGCAAAUAAUGGGGUGGGGGUCUAUAAAUAUUGUCUUUGGGGAGAAAAAACUUCAUGAAAUUCCUUUCAUCCAAUGCUAACCAAUGGUGGGAGAAGAGAGAGAGAGAGAGAGAGAGAGUCAGCAAAACAGCAGAAGACUUCCUGAAUAAGUUACUUGUACUAGAUGAACUAUGGCACCAUGCAAGUACAGAGGCUUCUCAAGCCACCUUAGCUAGUGUAUCACCCAUAUUCACCGUGAUGAAGUUUGACAAGGAAGGAAAUGCUACCUCUUUUGAAAGAAAAAAAACAGAGUUGUACCAGGAACUGGGUCUCCAAGCUCGAGAUUUAAGAUUUCAGCAUCUAGUGAGCAUUGAACCUAGGAACAACAAGAUCAUCAUGAGAAUGGAGUUUUUAAAGGCUGUGGUAUCACCAGAGUUUCUUCUGAUACUAGAUCAUCGCAAUAUGAAUAUGGAACAGUGGCUGUCCCAAGAAUUAGCAUCUCAACUGGCUGGAGAAGGGCAGCUAGUUACGUGUUCCUUGCCCUUUGAAUUUAGAGCCAUUGAAGUAAUCCUGCAAUAUUGGAUCAGCAAACUGCAGGCGAGACUUAACCUUUUGCAGCCUCAGAUCCUUGAGACACUGGAAGCUCUAGUGGACCCCAAGCUUUUGUCUGUGGAUAGGAGUAAACUACAUGUUCUACUACAAAAUGGCAAGAGCCUGUCAGAAUUAGAAACAGAUCUCAGAGUUUUCAAAGAAACUCUGCUGAAAAUCUUGGAUGAAGAAGAAUUAAUAGAAGAGCUCUGUCUAACUAAAUGGACUGAUCCACAAGUAUUUAAGGAGAGUACAUCUGGAAUUGAUCACGCAGAAGAAAUGGAACUGUUGUUGGAGAAUUAUUACAGACAAACUGAAGAUCUUGCUAAUGAAGCUCGUGAACUCAGAGUAUUGAUCGAUGAUUCAGAAAGUAUUAUCUUUAUCAACCUGGACAGCCACCGUAAUGUUAUGAUGAGACUGAACUUACAGCUGACCAUGGGGACUUUCUCCCUCUCUCUUUUUGGACUGAUAGGAGUAGCAUUUGGUAUGAACUUGGAGUCCACACUUGAAGAGGACCUCAGAGCAUUUUGGCUGGUGACAGGGAUUAUGUUUUUGGGAAGUGGCCUUAUGUGGCGGCGUUUGCUUUCGUUCCUUGGACGGCAUCUUGAACCUUCAGUACCUCCACAGUGAACCUAGUUUAAAGCCCUUCAGAGGAGAUCAGCCAACCUGUAAGAGAACAGACUCUUACUUUUAGAAGAGACAUGAAGACCAUCUUGUCCCAGGAUGCCUCUCUCAUGGAAGUGCAGACCAUGGUUGUAGAAGCCAAAACCCACAUGAUGGCACCAACUCCGGAGCUGCAGGUUGACUUCCCUGAUGCAGGCAUCCUGAUACUAACAGCAACCGGUGACUGGAAGGAUGGACUAGAAGACCACCUGUUCCCCUGACUUUCUAAGCCUGGCCCCCAAAGCCCUGCAGUCACUUACGACACGGUCCAGACUACUCCUGGCUGCAUCAUUCGUGCCCACAUGGACGAGGACCAUGGGACAGUAAUCAGAGGGCCGGAUGAGGUCGGAAUCCUCAUUGUGAUAUCCCGGAUCCUGGCUCUGGGUAGGCAGCAAACCUCCCAUGUCAUGGGAUCUGGUCAACAGAUAGGUCCCUCCGUGCCUCAGGAGGCAGUCACCCACCACAAUAACCUGGUGUCUCUUCCUCCGGCUUCUCAGUUGUCGCUCAGCCUGCCUGGUGUUUGUUGCAGAUGGUUCUUCCCCUUCAGCUUCCUCUGCUGCAUCAUCCUCCAGCGCUGCCAGGACUUCAUAUCUGUUCCCCAGUUGCACUGGGGAAGCGGUCACAGCCGUACGCCGUCUAGCUUUGGAGGUGACCAUCCUCCAUUCAGUUGCCCUGGGACUCUCCCGUGAUGUCUCUGCACCAGGUGUCUGGUCCUGCAGAGAAUGAAAGUACCCAUCAAUCUUAUCCUCUGCAGCCCUGAUCCUCCACAGCCUGCUUACCUCUGCCUGGAGUUCCCUCAACUGCCCCUCCAGGGCCUCAAUCUGGGCACAUGUGGGACAGGCAAGGGAAUGCCCAGCCCCCAGGCGUCAGAGGUCCUGCUAGGCAGCCCCCACAGACGGGGCCAAAGCACUGCCGACCUAUCUAAGGGACCUGUCUGGGUGGAGGCCUCUGGGCUGGAGGCAGCAGCAGGGCAGGGGCCCUGGCUGCACUCCCUGUCACCACCCCCAUAGUAUCCCCCCUUACCUAAAGUCUCUGUCAGAAGCUUCUGUGUAUGCCUGCCCAUGAACUGGCUUGUGAAUUGCCUGCAAACUGCUCCCCUAUUGGCAGUCCCUGUUCACUGGGACUAUGCUCUUAAGACAACCGGUAUGAGUUUGUAUAGUCUUUAUUUUAAUAAUCUGUGCCUAUUGUGCAUCUUGCCUAGGUACAUACCUUCCUGAAAAAAACUCAACCAGCAGCAGGGAGGACUGAAGUGAAGCGCAUCCUUAAAACAGAAGCCUUUGGGUCAAGCAAGAACACAUUGGCAAACCAGUAGAAACUUAAUAUUUCAUCUCCAGUUGUCAGUGGUGUUACAUUGUAAACUUCAGAAACUUUAUUGCAUUUGUUCUCCCUUUAGUAAAAACUUAAGGAUUUUUAAACACUAGAUGAAUUAGUCUGGCAUAUCAAAGGCUAUUCCAGAACAAAAAUGUGUGGAGGUUUUAAUUGCACAAGAGUCAGUAAAUGCAGAGAGAUUCCCAUAGUACCUUUUAAUUUUAUCCCUGUGUGUUACACUAGGAUAUUACAUAAAUCUGCUGUAUCAUGCAGGCUUUCAGCAUCUGCUUUUCAUCUUGAGGCCUCCAUUUAAUAACUGUUCGGGUCCAGCUAAGGUAGUGCUACAGAUAGAGAGGCAAGGUGUUUUUUUAAUAUAAAGAGCCUAUAGUUGUCCUCAGAAAGAAGUCUUUUGGGUAUUAGGCUGACAAUUCAGAUGCUGAGUAAAGGAGUUAAGCACCUAACACUAGGCUCUUUAAAAGAAGUCUUAGCCAUUCUCUUUGCAGAUGACAGAAGCAGGAGUCGUAUCCACAUCUCUUGUAAAGCACUACCACUAACUCGGCAGCAGCCAGAAGACAACAUGACUUAGCUAAUUUUCAAUAAGAAAUAACAAAUUUUGUAUAGAUAAUCAUCCAUUCAGAAACUAACCAGGCCUCACUGUGCUUAGUCUUUUUUUAAAGCCCUAGAAUAGCACACACUGGUAAACUGGUAAGCAGAUGAAAAUUCAGGCAUCACAGUCAGUGCUAAAUGAUGGAUGUAUUCAGACAGCUGCAAUAGGAUAGUUCCUUAUAUUUAUAUUAUUAGUAAGGACUUACCUUAGGGCCUGAUCCAGAUCUAGUUAAAAAAAAAAAAAAAAAAAUGAAACAAGCUGUUGAUUUUUCUUUUUCAUUGCCUUGGCCUGACUUGUUUUCUUCCCUCUUAAAGAAGUCAGGAUGAUUACAAGGAACCACAAGCCAGAUGGCAGCAAUCUUGCAGCUGGUUUCAUCACUAUUUAUGGUAAUUGAGUUCAGGAGCUGUGUGUGGAUUUGAAUUGGGUCACAUCUGAGGAUAAUACAAAGAAACAACUAGGUUGCAUUACAUAGCUGAGGGAUGAAGGCUGUUGAAAGGCCUGGUUUGAUUCUGGGAGAGGAGAAAGGAAGAGUUAAAUACCACACCAGCCCCCUUAUUUGCUUCAAGUCUUGCAUAAUUUUAAGUGAGAUGCAGUUUUUCUGUAUGAACUUUGACUCUGAUUCUCUGCUGGUUUGGUCCACUGUGAAAAAUGAGCAUAAAGCCCUUCUAGAGGAAGGAACUGUUACAUCUGUGCAAAGAGCAGUAAGCUAGGUCCUUAAACAUACAAACAGCUGCACAUGUGACAGACUGAAAGGUUGAUCAUUCUAGCAGCUAAAAGGACUCAUUACUCAGGUGAGUAGCCUGUAGAAACUUGACACUAUUGAAUCUGGUGUAAUUAUGUAGGCUUUUGCCUUAAUUCAAGUAAAAAUCACUUGUGGUUGCCAAUGAUUAUCAGAUAACUGAUUUAACUUUCUUAUAGGAAAAUAAAACACAGUUCUUGCUG